AUGCAGCAGUCUUAUCACUCCCAAUUCACGGACGCUCCGAGGCGAGUUGGAAACCUCGCGCUCUUGCCUCUGCGGACAACCGUUCGUGGUCCUGCUCCGAACGAUCAAAAUCUACAGUUUGAUAUUAUUGAUGAGGCCUUACUUUACUUCAAGCCAUUGAUUUUCUUCCGCCAAUUUGAGUUCAAGAGCGAUGCCGACCGCGUUUUGGUAUACUUGGUACUUUACAUUUUGGAGUGCCUUCGUAAGCUCCAACGGUGCAACACGAAAACCCUUGGAGCUAAGGAACUCAAUGCCAUGGCGAUAGCGCGUUUUGAUCUGCCUGGGGACCCUGGGUUUCCGCGUGAACUGAAUACCCUGUACGCGAAGCCUAGCAUGGCUGAGGCAGAUACCAUGCGAAACUACUUGAUUCAACUACGCACGGAGAUGGGAACGCGCCUUCUUAAGGUUGUUUAUCCCGACGAGGCUGGUCCGCCCAGCAAGUGGUGGCUGUGCUUCUCCAAACGCAAGUUCUUGGAUAAGAGCCUUUCAGCUCCCGGAGCCCACUAG